AUGUCUACGAUUCACUACAAGUUUCAUUCUUGUGUGACCUACACAACGAUUACUUUCGACGAUCUUCAUGUGCGUGUGAACGAGCUGAAGCAGAAAAUCUACGAGAAGGAGAACUUGUCUCAAGAUCAGUUUGAUUUGACCGUGGAGAAUGCACAUACGAAGCGAGUCUACAAUGAUGAACAUAUUGUGCCUAGGAAUUCGUCGGUUAUUGUGAGGAGAUGCCCAAAGGAGAAUACGAAGGCACCAAAGGUUCAGUAAGUUAUUUACCUUGUUUUUCUUGAAAUUUAGGUAAAGAAGGUGAUGAAUCUUGUUUGUAAGUUUGAGUGGGGUAUUAUAGUAGCUAUAUAUAUUUGUUUUGAGUAAAAAUAUUUGAAAAUUGGCAGUUUUAAGUUAUUUUUUGAGCUGUUAUUACAUCUUUUAGGUGUCUUUUGUUUGUUUUACGUUUUAUUGAUUGAUUUUUGUUACCCUUUAGAUAUUUUUGGUAAUUUCGAGGGUUUUUUGUUCUCUUGAAUAUUUCUUUAGUUAAACUUGACGUAUUUGUUAUUUAAUUUUCUCAUAAUGUUCUAUUUUCAGUGAUCAAAGUACAUCAGGCAUCGUCGGAAAGAAUAACGUACAAACAGCGCCAGAUCUUAGUUUCAUUGACUCUGUAAGUGACAAUCAUUUUCUUUUGUUAUUUUAGGUAUUAUUUGUUAAAAUUUAUUGAUUUCUUAUAUAGUUUUGCAUUUUAUUACUUAUUUUACCUUCUAAUGCAAAAAACAAACUUAUUUGAUAAUUUUUAGAUUGAUUUUUCGAAAUUGACCGAACAGGAACGUCUCGCUCACAUCAAGAAGGUCUCUGCCGAAAAAUAUACACAACAAAAGUAAGUUUGUCUUAUAAGGUGAUGUAGAUGCGAAGGAAAUUGAUAUACAUUUGUGUCAAAAACUUUAGUUAAAUUUGUUUUUUAUAAAUAAGAUAUUACAAUUUGAUAUUUGUUUCUGUUUUACAUAUAAUCCUUCAUUUUUCAGCUUUCGACGAACCACCAAUUCCUCCGCCUUCUCGGAGCCUCCGCCGCCCAGCUACGUGUGCAAUCGAUGCAGUCGGACCGGCCACUGGUACAGGGAAUGCCCAUUGGUAACAAUUUCAGUCAUAUUCAACGCGAUUCCAACCUUUAUACGCUCAUUCUUUCUUACUUGACGUCGGAUUUUGUUUUGGAUGCUAAUUGACCGGUUGAUAAGGUUUUUGGUUCGAAAAAGGCGUUGUGAGGAGUUCAUGUUUGAUUACCUUGUGUUCUCAAACUGAACUUGAUCUCUGUCAAUGAAAAUUGGCAGUUCAAUGCUUUAAAACCACAGAAGUUUGACAUUACACUGUCUGAAAGCUACUGUAAUGUCAAUUUUUAUUGAGGCCUUAUCGACCGGUCGACACGUUGAAAAACGCCCGACAAGAAAGAAUGCGCGACAAGUCGAAACAGCUCUGUGACGUGAAUACACCUCGGUUAAUAAAUGGUUUUAUAAUAUUCACCUUUUACAGCGACUGCUUUACGUGUGUUUCAGGUGUCGCGAGACGUGCCAGACUUGUUAUACGGGUGUGAAACAUGCUACAGCAUGAUGUUUAACGUGUUUUAGAUAGAUUUUACCUUUUUUGAUAGAUUUGUUGCACUUUUUAGCGACAACUGGAGUUUUUUUUGGGCUUGUUGGGGUUGAGUAGAGAACACAGUGUUGGGUUGUGGUUAUUGUUGAGAACAUAGUGUUGUUGAGGAGGGUUGUUGUUUUUUAGAAAUAAAAAGUGCAGCUAUUUUCCAUUGCACAGGAAAAAAACGAAAUUUUUUUGGAGAUGGCAAAAAGGGUAUAUUUACGAAAUUUUUUAAGGUUGUUAUGCUUGAUAUUUACUUUUACGUACUUUUUUGCAUGUUGUAUGAGUUUCAAAUAUGUUUUUUUACUUUUAGUGUUUUUAUUGUGCGAAAAUGGGUUUUAUUAAAAAUUAUGGCACAUUUAGGUAACAUUUAACCUAAAAUCUGGUCUUUUUUGUAUUUUUUUGAAUUUUUGAGAUUAAAAUUUUUUUCUAGCAAAAUUUUUAAAAAUUCUAAUUUUACAGUUAACUAAUUUAAUAGUUUUUAUUUUUUUUCUAAAAAAGGUGAUUAUAACGGGCAAAAUAUUACCCUAAUCUCUUUUAAAGCUUCUAUCCUCUGACUUACAGUCUGAGAUAAAAUUUACAUUUUCGAAUUUUUAAAACAUAGGAAAAACUGUUUUUAAACUGAUAUUUGAAAUUUUUUAAAAAUAAUAUUUUUAUUACAAAGAACAAAACAAAACCGACCCUUCCUGGCUGUUCGAAUUCUGCCAGUAUCGACAACUUAUUUCAGGUGAAUAUAAAGCGAACCACCGGCAUACCAAUGGAAGAGUUGGUCGAAACAACUGCUGACGAUCCGCACGCUAUGCUCCAUCCGACCGGUAAAUUCAUGGUGCAAAAGAUGCACAUUAAUGCACGUCUGACGUCGAAAGUGAAGCAUCCGCUCGGAGUGUCAAUGUCGCCGAAUCAGGAGAGUGGACAGUCGCCGCGAGUGGAGGAGGAUCCAAUCCCCGAGGAACUGCAAUGUCCAAUGUGCAAAGAGUUGCUUAAGGUACGGGUGUUAUUGGGUUGAAGGUUUGUUAUGGGGGAGGGGAGGGUGAAAAUUUUAUUUGGAGGAGGGGGGAAGGCAAUAAAUUUUAUUUUUGGCUGAAGAGGGUAGACGUCAAAGUUUUUUAUUUUUUGAAUAUCCUUCACAUUCUCGCAUUUCAGGAAGCCGUGCUAACGAUUUGUUGUGGCCAAAGCUUCUGCAUGGCUUGCAUGAUGCAGGUGAUCAUGUCUGACAACCCCCGGUGCCCAGGUCAAGACUGCGCGGAACGAGAGAUCACGAACAAUUCGAUUGUGGAAAACAAACAGCUUCGUCGUGCCGUGGAGAAAUACCGCCUCACGAAAGCACAACCUGUCCAAAAACCGGUGAAUUUUGACUCAGUAACGGGUAUCGUGCCACUGCCUCAAACCAUGUCACAGGAAGUGAGCGUGGAGGAAACGGUGGAAUCGGUAAGGAAUUUUGUGAGGGUAUAUUGGUGUAGGGUGGAAGGGAAGGGUAACAUAAGCUAUUUUUUGAUUUUUAGGUAACAAAUUUGGAUAAAACAUAAGGAUAGGGUAAAGAUACAGUGUGAAUUUUAAAUAUUUUGGUUAGUAAUGAUAUAAUGUUUCAGAAACGUGUCUACAAUACAAACAAAGCCGCGGCAACACCGCCUGAAACUAAUGGAAGUUCUAUAAAUGCCAUUUCCAAUAAUCUUGGUGAGUUUUCAACGAUUUUUGUUGAAAUAUGCUGAAAGUUUGAACUUUUUUAUCAUUCUUCUGUCUCACUUUUCUUUCUUAUUCCACUACUUUCUUAACGACGCCCUAGGUGAAGGGGGAGGGCUAGGGUUAGACACAGGACAGGGCGCGAACUGAAAUACCCGGUAUCGAGCAAGGCACGGAAAAUCGUCUAUGUCUCAUCUUUUGUCAAAGCUUGGGGAGGGAGCAUUUGUGUUUUUAAAUAUUAUACUAAGAAGCGCUUUUUAAGUACCAUAAAGUACUACUGUAGAAUCUUGUGAUGAAUCCAUUCUUUUGAUUUUUAAAUGAAUUAAGGCUAGCUUAACUGUUUAGUCUCGUUUCAGCUUCAACUAACCUAUCUUCACAGAACAAGCUGCCAACCGUUGAUCUCACCAAGUAUUUGGCGUCAACUCCGGCACAGAGUCAAUCGUAAGUUAUAGUGUAUAAAGAGGUGUUUAGUUUUGAAAUUUUUAAAUAAAAAUUUUAUUGUUUUUUUAUAUUUGGGUAAUACUUUUAAUAGUUUUUUGUUUUAGGUAACAAUUUUAUUAUUUUGGGUUUUUAAGUAACAAAUUUAGUAUUUUUGGGUUGUAGGUAACUAUUUUAUUGUUUUUGGGCUUUUAGGUAACAAAUUUAGUUUUUUUGGGUUUUUAGGUAACAAGUUUCUUAUUUUUCGAUUUUUAGGUAACAAGUUUGUUAUGUUUGGGUUUUUAAGUAACAAAUUUAGUAUUUUUGGAUUUUUAGGUAAUAAAUUUAUUAUGUUUGGGUUGUCGGGUAACGUUUAUUAUGUUUGGGUUUUUAAGUAAUAAAUUUAGUAUUUUUGGGUUUUUAGGUAAUAAAUUUAUUGUUAGGUAACAUUUAUUAUGUUUGGGUUUUUAGGUAACAAAUUUUGUAUUUUUGGGUUUUUAGGCAAUAAAUUUAUUAUUUUUGGAUUGUUAGGUAACAUUUAUUAUGUUUGGAUUGUUAGGUAACGUUUAUUAUGUUUGGGUUUUUAGGUAACAAAUGUAGUAUUUUUUGGGUUUUUAGGUAACAAAUUUGUUAUUUUUUGCUUAAAAUUUUAAAUUGGAGAACUUAAAUUUGGGUCGAUUUUAAUGCGUUCACCUAUUUACUUUGUAGACAGCCCGUGAACAAUGCGAGUGCAUCGGUACCGAAUGUCACUAAACCUAAAGAAACAGCAACAAAGCCAAAUUUGGACGACACUGCACCACCCGGUACCUUCGAAGAAUCGAAUGGCACCAUUAAGAAGGCGCAGAAGAACGAGGAAGCCGAGCUGAAGAGCCUGUGGGAGACGUUGUUGCAACGAGAUGAGGUGAUUUUAUAACGAGAUGAUUUUUGAUGGAUUAUAGGGACUGGCAUGAAGUUUUUUUGAUUUUUAGGGCCGGCAUGAAGUGCUGGCAUGAAGUUUUAAGCUUGGAGGGGUGAUAGAUGGAUUUAUUGGGAUGUUUUUGAAGUUUGAAAGGCAUUUUUUGUUGUUUGUGGUCAAAAAGUUUGUAGAAAAGUGAAAAAGAUUUGGAAAAUUAUGACCAGCCCUGUUAAGAAAGGUUCAUAUUAGGCUAUUUUUAGACCUUAAAUCAUAUCAAAAGCCUUAUAUUAACCAUACGUAAAGAUAAGAAAGUAUAAAUACUUAUAUAUCAGUUAUUAAUCUUUUGUUUCAGCCAUCCCUAGGCCUAGAGAAAGCAAAAACAGCUCGAAACGGAAGAGAACGAAAAGAAACUUCAUCGUCGAACUCAUCAGAAAAGGUGAAGAAACGAACUCCAUCCCCGGAUUCAGAAGCCAAAAAUGCAGCAUUGUUGUCAUUACUUGGCGGUAACGAUGAUAAAAAGAGCAGUUUAAGUGCUUUAAGUGCUCUGGACGGAUUGAGAGUGAUUGAUCCUGUUACAGGUAAGGAUUUUGUGGAUCUUGGGGAUGGUUAUGGGGUUUUAGAGUUAGUAAUGGCAAAAGUUGAAAGUUUAAUAAGUUUUUUUUGAUUUUUAGCUUAAGGGAAGGAAAACAUUUUGAAGUUUUUUAAAAAAGUAAUGAGUUUUCAUUAUAUUUCUGAAGUUUAUUAAAGAAAAUUUCCAUAAAUUCAAAAUCUUUAGGUAAACCAAUCCUGUCGAACGCUUCAAAAACCCCAAAGAAGCGGUCAUCGUCUCGCAGGAAGAGCAAGGAUGACAGAGAUCGCAAAAGACACAAGGAAGACAAAGAGUACAAGAAGAAUAAGGAAGACAGAGAUCGCAAGAGGAGCAAGGAGGAUAGAGAACACAGGAGGAAAAAGGAUGAUAGAGAUCAUAAGAGGGACAAGGAAGACAGAGAUGAGAAGAUGAACAAGGAAGAUAGAGAUGAGGAGACCAUCAAGGAAGACAGGGAUGGCCAGAGGAACAUGGAAGACAGAGAUGAGGAGGUGAACAAAGAAGACAGAGAUCAGAAGAGGAACAAAGACGACAGGGAUGAGGAGAGGAACAAAGAAGGCAGGGAUGAGGAGGUGAACAAAGAAGACAGAGAUCAGAAGAGGAACAAAGACGACAGGGAUGAGGAGAGGAACAAAGAAGGCAGGGAUGACGAGAUGAACGAGGAAGACAGGUAUGAGGAGACGAUCAAGGAAGACAGAGACGUGGAGAAUAUGGAAAUAGACCUAGAUGACGAGAACAUGGAAGAGGAAGAACAUAAGGAAAUAAAGGAAGAUAAGGAACAUAAGAAAAUAAAAGAGGAAAAAGAGCAUAAAAAGAACAAAGAAGAGAAAGAGCACAAGAGGAAUAAAGAGGUGAAGAAGAGCAAAGAAGAGAGAGAGGAGAAGGAUCGCAAGAAGAGCAAGGACAGAGAGGAGAAAGAACACAAGAAGAGCAAAGAAGACAGAGAAAACAAGAAGAAGAGGAAGCGAGAGAAAGAGGAAAAGUCAGAAUCCCACAAAAGGAAACGCUCCAAGUCGGGCUCAGAUGACGAAGAAGUGGUCAAAAAGAAGAAGAAGAAGCAUAAGAAGAAGGACCGAUAA